AUGUGUAAACCGAGGGCUAAGACAGAUACUAGGUCACCAUGAUGGACCUGUUAACUUUUGAGAGGGAGAACCGACAGCGUAUCCAGGCUGUGGAGAACUCAUUUGGCCCAGGAGGGGGGAGCCUGUCCAAAUCGGGUCGGGUUCUCAUGGGACAGGGCCAUCUGAUGAAACAGGGUCGUCGGAAGCCCCAGCCGAAGUCUUUCUUUCUCUUCAACGACAUUCUGGUGUACGGCAGCAUUAUCCUGAAUGGCCGCUGGCACAAAAAACAGAAGGUCAUUCCUUUAGAGGGUAUCCAGCUGGAGGACGUAGAGGACGGAGAUGGAAUGAAGAACCAAUGGCUCAUCCGUACACCCCGCAAGUCCUUCUAUGUGUCCGCCCCUUCAUUCGAGGAGAAGCGGGCCUGGAUAGACCACAUUGAAGAAUGCCGGUCAAACCUGCUGCAGGCCGGCAGCAGCCAACCCCGCUCCACCUUUGCCGUUGCCUGGAUCCCAGACCCAGUGGCCUUCAAAUGCAUGCGCUGUUUCAACAAGUUCACCGCCACCAAGCGCCGGCACCACUGCCGAAAAUGCGGCUUUUUGGUCUGCAACUCGUGCUCCAAGGAGCGAGCGGUGAUAGACCAUAUUCACCCCACCAAGAGGCUGAGGGUCUGCAGUUUCUGUCACACGAGGAAUAAGGAAGACGAGAUGUCUCGCAUGAGGGGAGACAGCAUUGGGAAGAACAGCUCAGAGGAGGACAUUGAGGCAGCAUCCAGUGAUGAAGAGGAUACAGGGGAGAUGAGUCAGACCUACACCUCCAGCAGCUGGCUGGACUCACAGAUGGGCACCUGGGGACACGUGGGAACAUAUGUUUACCCACGACCAAUGAAUCAGCGACCUCUGUCUCACCACAGCCUUCCAGAUGUAGAUUAUCCUACCAUCAUGAAAGAGUGACUUGUAUCAUAAUGGAGUAUCGGACUUUUGAACGGAUUAAAAUGACCAGGUAAAUAUCACAGCAGCAGGUUAGAAGUCAAUAAUGAAAAUCUUUAAAAAGAAAAUCACGUAAGAGGACUUUGACAAUUUAUAUGUAAAAUAGCAUUUGCACUUCAUAUCUACUAUAUAUAUAUAUAUA